AUGCCGAUACCAACUCGUUCGAGAUCCGUGAAAGAACCGCCAAAAUCCAAUGCUCCUACGACCAUUCCGGCGUCCGCUCGGCACCCUACUGGAUCUGCGCUUCCGCAGUCACGGUUGACAAGACCUACACCUACCCAUCUGCUUGCUGGCCACAGUCGGUCGCAGUCAUUAACCGGCCAUGUAGGACAGCGCUCGACGACGCGGGCUACCGGAGCUGUGGGAUCAGCCAGCAAUAAAGCUGGAGUCUUUUCGCCUGCUGAAAGACAACAUGAUGCGGCAAGGACCAUCAGUAACGCCUCCUCGGAAGGAGUGGUUGGUUCACAUCAUGAGGACGACGGAUCACCCAAACUUGUCAGCGAUGGCACACGAGGCUCACAGCACAAGCGCGUACAAAGCGUGUCCACGAGCCACUCAAGAAGUGCGUCGAUGGGGAAUUCGUCUGCCAUGAUCAAGCCGACGCUGCCUCGGGCUGUGACUAAACCCUUGCGUCCAUCCUCGAACAUCAAACAGCCCUUCAAUAAUUACCAGCAGCAUUUCAGCCCGAAGAAGUCAGCAGUGGCCGAGCAUACUAGUACGCCGCACCCUUCGCCACAGAGCGAACCGCUAAGCACAACUGCAUUGCGGCACGAACUGCUGCAGCUCAGCUGCGUCUACCGCGAUGCCAAUCGGAGACUCCAUGAGUUUCGGAACAGUGUUGAUCAGAGGCUUGAGUCGUUGAGUGCCGACCGCGAGCGCGAAGCAGACGACAUAACAGCACGAUGUGCCAGUCGACAGGCGCUCAUCAAUGCAGCCGCGAUUCAUGAGUGGCUCCUGGAGGGUGAUGGAAUUUUGGCUCCUGACAAUAUCAAGCGGCUUAGUAUCUGCGUGUGUGAUUUGGAAAGUAUGUCAAACCCAGAGGGGCUCUUCACCAAAUGCCAAAACGAAUUCGAUCACUGGCUCGCGGAGCUUCACGACUCACAAGGGCAGGUGCAGACUGAACAAAAAGGUCCCUCGGGGCGAGGCUAUACGAGAGUCCAGCCUAUUUCCCGCGAUCGCCCUCAGCAAAUGGCGGAACUCCGUUCACGACUUGCCAUCCACAUCCACACCCUAUCCGAUGUUCAGUCCAGUAUAGUCGAUGUUGUAGCGCAAGCAUCUAUUCCCGUCCUCAUUCGACAACAUCUCCAGCUUGCCAUGGAUAUGAAGGCCUCGCUGGACGAGAGCGAAGCUAUUGAACACGCCGUGCGGGCAGACCACGAAGCUCAGCUUGCAAAGCAAAUCUCACUACUAAUGGCAACGCCCACAAAGGUCGAAGGGCGUACGCCUGCAUGGCAAGAUCCACGAAUCUGA